AGCCUAAAUGUCACAAGGAGACGAGAAUGGCAGUGACACUCAUGAAGAUGCACCAGUGCCAGGUGCUGUUUGGCCAGAGCUGGAGCGAGCUGAGUGCUUGGCACGGGGGGCAGCUCUUAAAUGGGCUUCAGGUGUGUUCUGCCGCCCAGAACACCUUGAGAAACUCGGAUACUACAGGAAGCGGGAGAGUCAAAGAACAUCAUCAAUCAAUUCCAGAUUAAAGUCAGUUGUCCAGUCUUAUCUGGAAGGGGUGGACUGGGGACUUGGACAGCUCCGAGAGGCUCGUGCAGAAGUGAGAGAGGUGCGUUAUGCCAUGAAUGUGGUAAAACUCGAGUCAAAUAAAAAUGCUGAAAAUAUUAGCACACUGGACACACUGAGAGAAGCGUCCAUCAAUCACUGUCAACUCCUGGCUACAGUUACCAACCUGCCACACCUCUGCUCAGUGAAGAGCAUGGUGAUGGAGACAGAGCGCCUGGUGGAGUCACGUCGGCUGCUGGAAGCCCACGCUCGCCUCAUGGAGCUUGAACGCUGGCAGGACGAGGUUCUUAUUCAACUUCAUGGACUCAGAAGCACAUCCAGGACCUUGCUGAGCCCAGAGGAUGAAGAGCUGGUGCAGAAUUAUUUUUCUGAAGUGGGCAAGCUGGUGGAGGCCCUGGCUAAAGAGCUGUGGGCUGUGGUGGGUAGCGCACUGACGCUCUCGCUGCAGAACCCCACGCCGUUUGUGUCAGCGGUACGCAUCGUGGAACGGGAAGAGGCGCUCGAUCAGUUCUUUUUGGAGGAAAGACAGUAUGGGGCAAGUACAAGGCAUGGCAGGCCCAUGCCCUCAGGGAGGCCUCGCUGCUGGAGAGAGCACUUCUUUAAGGUGCUGGAGGAAACAGUCGCAGCUCGUUUCCGCAGUGCAUCAUAUUUACACACUCGAGGCCCUGGACUUGCUGGCCACCUCUCAGCCCUACAGCACAGCAUCAUGGGAGACCUGGGCACAGUGCGCAACCUGCUGGAGCAGUGUGUUCCUCCUCAUUACCAGCUUACUAAGGCGUACCUGCAGGCGUGCCACCGCUGCCUGCAGACCCAUCUGGCCCAGAUUAUCAGCUGGGAGCUGCAGAGCGGUGAGAUCUUCGCCGUCCUCAACUGGGUGCUUCACAUAUACAACAGUUUGGAAAUGAUGGGUGAGCCAAGCCUUGCUGCACAUCUGGACCUGGAUGAGUUGGGUCCUCUGAUAUCUCAAGAAGGUCUUGAUCAACUACAGAACAAAUACGUACAAUGUGUUCGGAAAAGUGUCUCUGAAUGGAUGCAGAAAGCGCUAGAGGUCGAGCUGACAGACUGGCAAAGGGAUCAGGAACCUGAUAUUGACCACGAGGGUUAUUACCAUACAAGCCUCCCUACAAUCAUCACUCAGAUGUUGGAGGAGAAUGCACGCGUGGCUCUGAUGAUCAGUGAAAGUCUGCGGGACCAGACUAUCCAGAUGGGUUUAUAUGAAAUGGAGACCCUCUUAUCUAGAUUUCGAGAAGCUAUAAUAGAAUUCGCCAAGGGGCAUUGUAAAGAUCCAACAACAAACAACAACAAAUUCUACCUCCAUUACCUGCUGGCCUGCAUCAGCAACUGCAUUAUACUCAAGAUGUCCACAGAGGUUUUACAUCAGCAGGUAAGCUCUUGCCAAUCGGUCAGAUACUCCCGGAUUCUUCCCGGACCGCUGACUGCUCUGGACCGGGCGGUAAGAAAAGCGUGUCGCCUCGUGAUGGACAAGCUGCUGCUCGACCUUCAGCCUCACCUGGAGGAGCUCAUGUCACAAUCCUGGCUGGUCCAGGGAGACGUCAUUUCAAAAAUGUGCAGUGUUCUGGAUCACCACUUAGAGCUCUACAGUCGUGUACGCUCACCCUGCAGACAGCGGCUUCAGGAGGAAAGUCAGUGGUUGGCGGUGGUGGAGUACGUCCGGUCGCUGAUGCAGAAGAAGCUGAUCUGCCGGAGUGAUGAGGAAAGGCAGCAGCUGGCACAGCAGAUGGUUUGUGAUGCCCAACAACUAAAGGAGCACUUUCAGAGCACGGAGGUUGACGGGAUGGUCGCUGAGACGAACCCCACGGCUCUGAUCCCUGCACUGGCAGAUUUAUUUAAACUUAAAGACCCUGGCAUGCUGACGCUUGAGGUGUCUUUAGUGAUAACGAAGUACCCUGAUAUCAGUGAGGAGCAUGUUUCAGCUCUGCUGGACGUUAGAGGAGACGUUCCCCGAGAUAUUCGAGGAGCAGUAUUGUGUUUACUGGAACAGAGCUCGCCACCACUGCCACCAGGAUACCGCCCAAUCUUCCCAGACAUUCUUGUACCUCCUUCCAGCACGACUUUCUGCAUUCCUACAGCAAAGUGUGCUUGAUGAGUGCUCUCUGUGGAGCAGCCUUAUCCACAUCAUCCUGUCCAGCUGGAGCAAACAGGAACCUACUCGGCGUCCAGACUAAAUUUAGUAACUUCCUUUUCUCUGUUACCUCUGACUGCUGGAAUCAAGCAGUGCAAUUUCAGUGGUGUAACCAUAGGGUGAUUUCAAGUAAAUUGGGACACUUUCUCCAAAAAAACUUUAUUUAGAUGAAUUUAAUGAGGCAUGACCUUCAGUUGUUUAUUUAUUAAAAGAGGUCUGCUUUUUAUUUUGUAUCACAGAUAUUUUAUACAUAAAUGAUUAAACAAUUGUC